AUGGCCAAGUUUGACUUUCUUCGAUCCGUCGGCGCCACGAAAGAGGCCGUCGCCGUGCUCAACGACCAGCCCUUCCUCUUCACCAACCUCAUCGUCGUCCUCGUCGGCCUGGGCGUGCAGGCCGGCCUGCUGUGGUACAUUCACUACGCCACGCUCAAGCCGGAACAGAAGAAGAAGAAGGAAAAGAAGGGUGGCGCGGCCGCCGCCCGCGGACGUGGAGGGGAUAACGCGAGAAAAUAA